CAGCCUUCACUCUGAGAGGAGGAGUAGGAUGGUAUAUGAUUGGCCAGGUGGGGGCUGGUAGUCCGGAGGCUGGCAUUGUGCUCCGCGUUGAUCCCCGUGUUCUUGUUUACACCUUGCGGACGGGGACGAGACAAGACACCCGGGGGCCCGGAACAGACUCGAGAGUCCAGCCUGCAAUGUACGCAGCAAUCUGACAGCAUCGACCUGUGGUACUUUUUGGUGUGGUCGCAAACCAAGUUUGUCUUUGGAUCGGACGCUCCUGACUACUUUAAUCUCUCCAUUCAGAGCAGAAAUGCGUCAAACUUUUCAGUGACUUCUGCGCUUACGGCUCCCAGUCAAGCAGCGUACAAGUGAGGCUGGGAAUGAAAUCUACCAGGAAUAGUCUCGACAAAUUGUUUCUUUAUAUCCAUAGACUGUGAUAUAUGCGGACCUCUUCAAACUUUGAUUAGGGGCGGAAAUUAACACCCUUUCAGUGUUUCCUGGACAUUCACAAGCUUCUUGGUGAUGGAUGUGUUCUGAGCGUUGCAGUCUGUUUGCGUCAACAGCCAAGAGUGAACUAUUUACAAAAACAACGACAUCCAACAUCAUUUACUGGGGUCGUUGGUAUUUCACUCUUUUCUGAGAAAUUUACAGGGUUAAAGACGUUGUUGGACAAGAGCCACCCGGUGUGCCAAAAAACACCGCAGGUCACGCUGUGUGGACGUUUCGCAACGGCGUAGCCGGAAAAGAUGCUCUCUGUUCGGAUGCAGCGUGACCAAGGUCUCGCUCCUCUGGUUCUUCUCUUCCUGGUCGGGGGAUAUGUCGUGUCUGGCACUGAGAGCAGCGACUACAGCGAGGCCGAGGUUCUCCCUGACUCCUUCCCGUCAGCACCGGCAGAACCUCUCCCAGACUUCCUGCUGGAACCGGAGGAUGCUUUCAUCGUAAAGAACAGGCCGGUCCAGCUACGGUGCCGGGCAUCACCGGCCACCCAGAUCUACUUUAAAUGUAACGGAGAAUGGGUCAAUCAAAACGAUCAUGUCACCAGAGAGAGCCUGGACCAGAUCACAGGGCUGGUGGUGCGGGAGGUGGACAUCUCGGUGUCAAGGACCCAGGUGGAGGAGCUGUUUGGGUUGGAGGACUACUGGUGCCAGUGUGUGGCCUGGAGCUCGGCGGGCACCACCAAGAGCAACCGUGCCUAUGUUCGCAUUGCAUACCUGAGGAAGAACUUUGAGCAGGAGCCACUGGGGCGGGAGGUGCGCCUUGAGCAGGAGGUGCUGCUGCAGUGUCGCCCCCCGGAGGGCAUGCCCGCUGCUGAGGUGGACUGGCUGAAGAAUGAGGAUGUCAUAGAUCCAUCGCAGGACUCGAACUUCCUGAUCACCAUUGAUCAUGAUCUGAUCAUCAAACAGGCCAGACUCUCAGACACCGCUAACUACACCUGUGUAGCUCGUAAUGUGGUGGCCAAAAGACGCAGCAGCACAGCUACUCUCAUUGUUUAUGUGAGCGGAGGUUGGUCUUCUUGGACCGAAUGGUCAGAGUGCAAUGCUCAGUGCGGACGGGGCUGGCAGCGCCGAACACGCAGCUGCACCAAUCCUGCCCCUCUGAAUGGAGGAGCCUUCUGUGAGGGCCCACCCUUCCAGAGAGUGACCUGCACCACAUUGUGCCCAGUGGAUGGAGGCUGGACAGAGUGGGCAAAGUGGUCCGCGUGUGGGACAGAGUGCACACACUGGCGCAGUCGCGAGUGUCAAGCCCCCCCACCCAGGAACGGAGGAAAGCACUGCAGCGGCAGCAUGAUGGAGAGCAAAAACUGCACUGAGGGGCUGUGUGCGCGCAAUACAAAGAUUUCUAUUGAACAUGCAAGCCAUCCUUUGGCCCCAGGUAUGGGUGUAGCGGUCUACGCUGGUCUGGUGGGGGCCCUGCUGCUGUGUGUGAUACUGGUGCUGUGCGUGGGAGUGCUUGCAUAUCGCCGCAGAUGCCGCCAUCUCCACGGAGACAUCACGGAUUCAUCGUCUGCUCUCACAGCCGCCUUCCACCCUGGCAACUACAAGCCUCCCAGACAGGAUAACCCUCACCCUCUGCAUCCCUCAGCUCCUCCCGAUCUGACUGCAACAGCGGGGGCUUUCCGCGGGCCGCUCUUCUCCCUGCAGCAGGGGGUCAACGACAGCCCCCACAAAAUCCCCAUGACCACCUCUCCCCUGCUGGACCCCUUGCCCGGUCUCAAAAUCAAGGUGUAUAACGCCUCCACUCUUUCCUCCCUGGAGCUCCCUGCGGACAUGUGCUCACAUGACGGGGAAAUACUCAGCCUGAAGUCGGUAGGUACUGUGGGCAGAGAGCGGGAGUACCACAGCCACACCCUGUCCAGAGAGCCUGGGCUGAGCACCAGCGCCACUCUGGGUAAUCUGGGAGGACGCCUUACCAUCCCCAAUACAGGAGUGAAUCUGCUGGUCCCCCCAGGCACAAUUCCCCAGGGGAAGUUCUAUGAGAUGUACCUCAUUAUCAACAAGUGGGACAAAACAACGCUACCCUCUGAGGGCAGUCAAACUGUACUAAGCCCUGUGGUGAGCUGUGGCCCAUCUGGUAUGCUGCUGAAUCGCCCUGUGGUUCUUACUUUGCCCCACUGUGCCCAGCUAGACACACCUACACCUGACUGGACCCUCACACUCAAGACACAGACUCACCAGGGGGCAUGGGAGGAGGUUCUGACAGUAGGAGAGGAGACUUUGUCGUCUCCGUGCUACCUUCAGCUGGAGGAGGAGUGUUGUCAUGUUCUCAUGGAGCAACUGGGAACGUACGGCCUUGUGGGCCAGUCCUGCCCUCCACAGCCUGCCUGCAAACGCCUGCAGCUGGCUCUAUUCGCCCCUCGAGCGCCCUGCCUCUCCCUGGACUACAGCCUUCGUAUCUACUGCAUCCACGACACCCCACAUGCACUCAAGGAGGUGCUGGAUUUGGAGAGGAGUCUAGGCGGAGUUUUGCUGGAGGAUCCCAAGCCGCUGCUUUUCAAAGACAGCUACCACAACCUGCGCCUGUCCAUCCACGACAUUCCCCAUUCUCACUGGAGAAGCAAACUGCUGGCAAAAUAUCAGGAGAUCCCGUUCUAUCACAUUUGGAGCGGCAGUCAGAGACCGUUACACUGCACCUUCAGCCUGGAAAGAGGGAGUCUGGCUGUGUCACAGCUCACCUGUAAGAUCUGUGUCCGACAGGUGGAAGGGGAGGGGCAGAUAUUCCAGCUGCACACAGAUAUUCAGGAGACUCUACCACCACACUCGCCCCUCCCCUCAGGAGGCACAUGCCUGCCUUCCUCUCAAGUGGGACCCUAUGCCUUUCGCUUGCCUGACUCCAUCCGCCAGAAGAUCUGUGCCAGUUUAGAUGCGCCCAGUGCUCGAGGAUGUGACUGGAGACUACUGGCACGCAGUCUGGGCUUUGACAGGUAUUUGAACUACUUUGCAACAAAGCCCAGCCCCACAGGUGUUCUGCUGGACUUAUGGGAAGCUUGUCACCAAGCUGACGCAGACCUGGUCUCUCUGGCGACCGCGCUGGAAGAGAUGGGCAAGAGUGAGGUGCUAGUUGUCAUGACAACAGAUGGGGAUUGUUGAUUGGUCAAGGAACGAGAGAGCAAGCAAGACUUUUUUUUUUUUCACCACCGUGAUGAAAAGAAUACCUGCCUAUGAAUAUGCACACCCCAGCACAAAUCAUGACCCCCAGAGCUUUUUUGGUUCUUUCAUAUGUACUGCAUUACUUCUUCCUUUUCAUGCCCCCCUGAUCAGCUACUGUAGCUACAUAUGCACCAUAACCCAUUCUCAUACAGGCCAUUCUAUGACAAUUGCUAAUCUGAAUCAGUUUGAAUAUUCCAAAGCAAUGUUGCAUCUGCAAGGUAUGAAACCAAUUUGAGGGUACGAAGGUGUAAAAUGGGCAUAAAGUCAUCUGUCAAAUGUGGUGUUGACUGUCUUCUUCAAAGAUUGAAAAUGACACAAUUCUUGUAUAUAAAUAACAAAGCUUUGGAACAAAUAAAUAAAUCCAUGUAUUCCAGACACUAAAGCACGAACAGUAACACAAACACACAAGUGCUAACACAGGAUUAUCCAUGUUUCAGUAGCAGCAUGAAAGUGCAUGAUUUAACACCAUUUCACCUCAUGUCAGGGGCUUUUGUUUUCUCCAUUCUCAUUCUGUGUGCAGUGAAAGACGCAUGGACAAACUGUUCAUUAACCGGUUCUGAAUCACAGAGGCUAGGAUUUCUUGUCCAACUGCUUUGACUGUCAACAAAUCAAAUGAGAACCGAACCCUCAAGGUUUGAGGGCUUGAGCAUAUCGCCUUGGCCUCAAAAUAAAAGCUGCCUCUUCUUUAUAGGAGGAGGGUGAAGUUUAUUUAAGAACUAGCGGAUGGCUAGACCAACUGACUCUUUAUAUUGUACCAACAAAUGCCUCAAAGCCUCGGCAUAUCAUUCCGACUCACAGGGGUGUUUCUCUUUCAUCUCUCCUCGCGUUCCUCCAUCGGUCUGCCACACUCCUCUGCUCUCUUGAGAAUAAGCUGCAGGAGAGCUGUCUGGUCAUCCCUUAAAAGUUUCCUUUGGGGAACGCUUUUUAAGUUAUUAUCCAUAUUUGUGGAUUGUUUUUUCUUUGUCAUUGCUGUUACGAUCAUAUAGAACCUGUUCUAUCAUCUGUGCUUGUUUAGGCUACUGAGCUGCUGUGUAUUAUUUUUGAUUCUAGUAGAGCAGGCCAAAUGGGAGAGUUACGUAGGUGCACAGUGGAGGUCUCAGUUGUGAAUAACAAAACCACGUUUCUUUGUUAUUUUUUAAUACUGUGUAUCUAUUCAAAAUGUAAAAUAUAAUCUGUAAAACAUGAUUAGAAGUGUUCAAAUGUCCAGGCGAAUAUACUGUAGGCAUAUUGUUUUGCUGUAACUGAGGGCGGUUUCCACUUUUCAGAGAUGGAUAUUACAGAAUAGAUUAGCCUUGCCUUGAAUCAACUAGGCAGCAAGGGGCCAUAAAAUUUACCUCAACACUAACUGCAUAAUGCUUCAAUCUGUUCUGUCUGCAACUUAUCAUGUGUCCGUCCGUCCACCCAUCGCCCUGUAACUAAUUAUGUCUCCCUUCUAACAUAUUGUUAAACUUUUUGCUAAGCCGCCUGCUUUGUGGUCAGGGUCCCCAUGCAAUUUGCAUUAUCAAUAUUUUUUCUGUCAAUUAUUGUUAGACAGGAAUUGAAAUGCUGUCAUCUCUAAUUUUUUUCAGUUCUGUGUGUCUUUUUCUCCCACAAAGCAAAAAAAGUGUUCAUAUGUUUGAAACCACAAAAACCAAAACACAGGCAGUAUCCCUCCUCUUCAGCAGUGAGUCAUGUCGCUGUUUUGUGUGAAUGAACUGAAAACACAAGUGCGUGUGUGUGUGUUUGUGUGUGUGUGUGUGUGUGUGUGUGUGUGAGAGAGAGAGAGAGAGAGAGAGAGAGUGGGCAGGUGGGUGUGCACACACUUAAGAUCUGUCAUUUCUCCUUGUAAGUGCUAUGCAAGUGCAAAAGAAAAGCAAAGCAUUUUGACUUCUUUUGUUUCCUGGAAGAGUAAUUCUAUUUUUUCAGAUCAGGACAUUGACAGGGUUUUGAUUUUGUAUCCUAAAGUGGUUUAAGAAUGGUUUAACACUUUUGUUAAUGGGAGUGUGUGUGGGAACUCUCCAUGUGUAUUUGAAGAUUUGGAUCACUGACCGAGGAAGCUAGUACUGAAAAAGCACAUGUGGGAGAACAAAAUAAAGAAUGGUGCAAUGGCUACACAACAAGUUGUGACUAACAUCAUGAACUCGUGCCCACCCCCUGAGGAAAUAUCGUCACGACCAAUUCAGUUCUUUGGAUCCCUGAACACUGCAGGGCUAUUUUCUUUCCUCAAAUCCUGUUACAGAGACUGGCUUGCUGUAUACUACAGUGUGUAUUCGUCCACAUUUCUUGAGUAUCUGUUGGAUUAUGUAUGCUGAAGCUGUACUGGAUUCCUCCUUGCUCCCGUCAAAGAGAAGAAUUUAGCCUUUGUUCAAGAAGUCCGACAUUUUUACAAAAAUAACUAAGUGGAAUCAGUGACAUUAUUUUAUCUCUGUAAAGUACCAAUUGUAAAUAAACGUCUAGCCUUCUUACCUGUAACUAAAUAUAAUUUUUAUGCAAUAAAUUAUAUUUCUUAGUUUACCAAUA